UCACUCCCCUGUGCACAGGCUGAGCAUACAUCAGACCUUGAGGUGCUCAGAUUCAGACAAGAGUAAAGAGGCGUGUGAUGGUUCUGCCUUAGUACUUGUACAGGCAGGAGUGUUUCCAGUACUUCUUUGUACAACUCGCUGAGGGAAUGGGAAACUGUUUUAUAGCUCUGGAAACACACGCACAGUAAGAAUGUCGGAGGCUAUCCGAUGCACUCUGGUGAACUGUAGUUGUCAGUGCUUCAAACCUGGAAAAAUAAACCAGAGACAAUGUGACCAGUGCCGACAUGGAUGGGUAGCACAUGCCCUCAGCAAAUUAAGGAUCCCCAACCUCUACCCAACUACCCAGGUAGAGAUAGUGCAAUCCAACGUGGUCUUUGAUAUCAGUAGCCUUAUGCUGUAUGGAACCCAAGCUGUUCCUGUGCGCCUAAAAAUUCUGUUAGAUCGGCUUUUCAGUGUCCUGAAGCAAGAAGAGGUGAUACAGAUUCUCCAUGCACUGGACUGGACACUUCAGGAUUAUAUACGUGGAUAUGUACUCCAGGAUGCUUCAGGAAAAGUGCUAGAUCACUGGAGCAUAAUGACCAGUGAAGAAGAACUGGCUACUUUGCAGCAGUUUCUUCGUUUUGGAGAAACAAAAUCCAUUGUAGAGCUAAUGGCCAUUCAAGAGAAAGAAGGGCAGUCAAUUAUAGUACCAACCCCUACGACUAAUUUGGAUAUUAGAGCAUUUAUAGAAAGUUGCAACCCAAGAAAUCCUAAUCUUUCUGCUUCCUUGGACAAAAUGAGUCCCACCAAUAUUCAUCCCUUUGAGAACAUUGUAAAUAAUAUGGCUUUCAUGUUACCCUUUCAGUUUUUCAGUCCAGUGCCUCCACCUCUGAUAGGUUCACCGCCAGAAAGACAUUUGAUUGAGCAAGGUCAAGACCGCAGCAAGGAAACUAAACAAGAUCCUCAAAUACCAUUUUCUGAAAGCAGCUUCUUAAGUUCCGGUUCUGCUCCAUUUGAAGCUGAAAAUGAGAAGGGCACCAACAGCCCAGAUGUCACUCUUAAAACAGAAGAGGAUGCUCCUCUAAGUGAUUCUAGCUCCCAUAACACAGUAACAAAGCUUGAAAUGACAUCGUUAUCCCCAGAAAAUAAAAUAAAAUCUGAAAAAAAUGGCACUGGCCCAAGGAAAGGACGUGUCUUCUGUACUGCAUGUGAAAAAACAUUUUAUGACAAAGGAACACUGAAGAUACACUAUAAUGCUGUUCAUCUGAAGAUCAAACAUAAAUGCACAAUUGAAGGCUGCAAUAUGGUGUUUAGCUCUUUGCGUAGUCGAAAUCGUCACAGCGCAAACCCCAAUCCAAGACUCCAUAUGCCAAUGAACAGAAAUAACAGAGAUAAAGAUCUGAGAAAUGGACUGACCAUUGCUGGACCAGGAGAUAGUAAAAGGACAGACUUUUCCAUUUUAACCCCAGAAAGCAGACCAAUUACUAGUUAUGCCAGCUCUUGUACAGAUUCAAAGGUGCAAUCCAGUUUUCCCAGCAUUGGGCAGAACGGUGUUCUCUUUCCAAACUUAAAGACAGUACAGCCAGUUCUUCCUUUUUAUCGCAGUCCCGUCACCCCAGCUGAACUUGCUAAUACACCAGGUACUCUUCCCUCUCUACCUCUUGUUUCUUCAUCAAUACCUGAGCAACUUGUUUCUAAUGAACUGCCAUUCGACGCACUACCCAAGAAGAAAUCCCGUAAAUCAAGUAUGCCCAUCAAAAUAGAGAAAGAAACUGUUGAGACAGCUAAUGAAAACAGUGACAUUGCCAGCUCCGAAGAUGAUAUGCAUCUACAGGUGGCAAGUGAUGGAGAGCUGGAGGCCUGUGAGCAUAGGAUAGAAAAGCGGGUGAGUGAACACAUGGAAAAGCACCGUCAUUCAGGUAAUUCAUGGAAAUCUCUCUCUGGGGUAGAGGGCCCAAAAUAUUUUGAAUCUGUCAUUGAGCCAAAUAACAAAUACAUCAAGGAAACCUCUGAAAAUGAAAUGCAUCACUUUGAGAGAGAGGUUAAGCCAGAAGAAAACCAAGCAUUAAAAAUAGUUUCCCAUGAAAUUAUGUGUGAAGAUCCAAACCAACACUACAGUGAUGUUAAAAAAACAGUGACUGAACCCCCUGUCUCUUUUAAAGAGCAGUCAAAGCCCAGGAUUUCUAAAAACAACUGCCCUGAGUUGCAACACCAUUUGCUGAUGGGGGGCUUUUUCAGCACGUUGCCCCAUGGGGGUGCUGCCCUUCCUUGUUUUGAAGACUAUAAAGAUAUGGAUCAUGUCAGUCAACAUGAAGUAGGGAUUCAGAAGGAAGAAAGCCGCUUUCAUUGUGACAUCUGUAAGAAGACAUUUAAAAACCCUUACAGUGUAAAAAUGCAUUUUAAAAAUGUACAUCUGAAAGAAAUGCAUAUUUGCACAGUUGAGGGCUGUAAUGCUGCUUUCCCUUCUCGUAGAAGUCGAGACAGACAUAGUUCAAACCUAAAUCUUCAUCAUAAGCUUCUGACCAAAGAUGCACUGGAAUUCAACAACAACCAUUUCAAUGCAACAUACCUCUUGAAAGACAUGGCUAAAGAGGUUUGUCAAGAUGCAUCUUUAAAACAUGUUGGACAAACUUCUGUCAUCUUCAAAGGAAUGAACAGAACAGGCAGCUUGGUUUUUCCAAUGAGCAAAACUAGAGAAUCAUGUUCUGAGAGUUAUGGAUACGAUCCAGUGAAUGAUGGAGCCGUUCUGGAUUUAAGCACUACUUCCAGCAUUAAGUCUGAGAGCAGUGCACACUCGUCUUGGGAUUCUGAUGGAGGAAGUGAAGUAUGUACCAUGCCAUUGGAUGAUAGUGAUGAAAGCUGUGAAGGACCAAGUCUAAUGCCCAGUGAUGAGCUGUAUCAGGACUGUUCCCUACUGGAAAAGGCUAAUCAAACCUUUAUUAAUUUACCUUCCAGUCUACCAAUAACUUGUCAUAUAUGCCAAAAAUUGUACAGUAAUAAAGGAACCUUCAGGGCCCAUUACAAAACUGUGCACCUCCGCCAACUUCACAAAUGUAAAGUACCAGGUUGCAACACAAUGUUUUCAUCUGUUCGCAGUCGAAAUAGGCAUAGUCAGAACCCUAACCUGCACAAAAGUCUGGCCAGGUCACCAAGUAGCCUACACUAACAUCCUUCUAAUCUGAAUUUAUUUCCACUAACCAUUAAUCAUUUCAGACAAGAAAGUGUUACAAUGAAAUUUUUAAUUCACUUGACACCAAGCCCACUUAACACACGAGGUCAAAUUCUGCUCAUACACGGGUGCUUUCCAUCAGCUUCACUGAGCAAAAUUUGGCACCAUUGUUUUUAAGCAGUUAUUUGGUUUAACAUUAAAUAACAGCAAAAACUUCUUUAAGGAAGAAAGCAAUAUUGGAAUGGGGAGAAUAUGGCACCACUAGCUAGUAUUGCAGAGUGCUACUAACGAUGUGAUGCUGAAAUAAGUUAUCUCCAUUCCAUUGUAUUCUGUUGUGUUUACAUGGUAAUGAGAAGAGUAUUUUAGGGAGUCAGUGAAGACUGACCUCAAUCAGUGUGUGCUUUGGUCAAGCUGAGGAUUUAGGAACUGUCAUUUCACUCCUAAAACCAUUGUCUGAGGCUGACUUACAGUAUUAAAUAAAUGUGGUAUUUUUCAGCUUGCUUACUCCUGAAUACCAAAAGCUAGCAUAUGGAUUUUGGAAAACUUAGCACAAGAUGAGAAUUUGCAACAAAUCCUGCAGUCACUGAUUUCAAUUGGAAUUUACUUGAAUACAAAAUGCAGAAUUCUGGCCCUCU